UCCGACCUUGUCUGGCUCACAGUCCCGCGCCUGGUUGUGCGUAAACGCUGCUAAAAUAGUUGGCGGCGUUUGAAGCCCCUUCAGGCGCGUGCAACUUCAGCCUUCAUUCAUGCUUUUAUCCGCGCGUCUGGGUGAUGUGCACAGGAAUAGAUCAACACUACUCCAACCUCUUCCGCAUAUUGGAUUUCAAUGCAAAGAGAAGGUCGCCAACGUCCCUCAAAGGAUUCGAGAAAUGAAGACUGCUGCUGACACGGACUCAGUAUUUUUUCACUUUUAAAACGUUUUUCUGCGCAGCUUUUAGGGGAUUUUCUGCAACUCGCGAAGCAUUUGCGUCCUGUGUGGGAUUACUCGUUGCACUGCUUGUAUUCGGACACAAUCGAGUUUUGGAUCACCCUGUGCUCUGCACUGAAGAGUGCACAAAUUCGUUCAUAAUGUAUUUAAUUUAGGGCAACCUCUGUUUAUACAGUCAGUGCCAAAUUUAACCGGAAUGGCGAACGAGUGUAAUCGCAACAUUGUGGAAAAGUAUAUCUGCCAUAAACUCUCCAAACGGGGCUACGUGUUUGGAUUCGAUGAUGUCCGGGAUGAAGAUGCUGCUAAUAAUGGGUCGAUAGUUGUCCCUCCACCGACUUUGGUGCGCCGGUGCCGUGAAGCCAGCACCGGGCCUGAGAGCGACAGCAUCCCCCACCUCUGCAAGCGGCUCGCGCAGUCCGACCCGAGCGCCGCCGCCAUCCACAGAGUCCUCCGCGAGGCUGGAGACGAACUUGAGAGACUGUACCAGCCGGACUUCACGGAGAUGUCGCGGCAGCUGUAUCUCACCUCCACCACGGCGCAAAGGAGAUUCGCCGAGGUGAUAGACGAACUGUUCCGGGACGGGGUGAACUGGGGCCGGAUUAUCGCUUUCUUCGAGUUCGGGGGCACGGUGUGCGUGGAGUGCGCCGGCAAGGAAGAGAUGACAGCGCAGGUGGACAACAUCGCGGAGUGGAUGACGGAGUAUUUAAAUGGACCUCUGAACAGCUGGAUACAAGAUAACGGGGGAUGGGAUGCCUUUGUGGAGCUGUAUGACAGACAGAGGGACUCCCUCUUCAGUUGCUCCUGGCCCUCCAUCAAGACGGUCUUCGGCCUGGCUGCACUCGGAGCUGCCAGCCUCACCAUCGGAGCGUACCUUACACAGAAGUGAACCAGCCCUCUUACUACCAGCUUGACUUUAUUCCUCAUCCUGCUCCUCGUGCCUCUUCUUCUUUUUCCUUUUCAUAGACGCCCCUGACCCCUCAGAGACAACCUUCAGACUCUUCCGAAUCUGGCUCUCUUCAAAGCCCUCUCCCAGAAAGCUCCCUCUCCUUCGCCCUUCCAUGUCAAAACAGACACAAAUCAAAACAACUGAAGCAACCAGAUGCACAUACAGAGCAAAGGACGUCUUGAAAAGAGGCAGCUUAGAUGUAAUCGCGCUAAGCUGAACUGAGGAGGAAGGAGGUGGCAUCAGCGGCAUGCAUCUUUUUUUCUUUUUUUUUUUGUUCUGCCUGCUUCUAUACUAGUUAUAGCAUGAAUGUUGAGUGUUAGUGUAGACGUUGCAUGUGUCAGAGCUCAUGCGGGACCUCUAUUUGGAGGCCUUGAUGAUGGGGGUGCAGGGACAAUGAUGCCCCACGCCGGAGAGGAAAUGGCUGCAGCUCCGCCCCUGCUUGUUAGGGUGAAGAACCCCGUUUGAACUAUGGACUCCGGUUACCCCCCCACCCUGCAGCCGUCCUUCAAAGGACUUCCUCCACAGAACAGCUGCUCAGAAUGUAUAAUGGAAACAGCUUGCUACAACCAAUGCGGGUCUCUACUGCUUUCACUCCUCAGACACUGAACUCUGAACACACCAUUAUACGCUCCCUGGCCUUCAAUAUUUAGAGGAGGGGCCGGUGGAAAACUCUGCUGAUCCUGCUUUUGCAGUGUGUCUUGAUUUUUAUGCUGGAUUUAAUUUUUUUGCAGCAUGCAAAACCCCAAAUUGUGUGGUUUGUACUGCGGAAAUAGAGAAUUUUUCAAGCAGUGAAAAAUGAAGAUGCCUGACGUUGCAUAAAAAUCACGUUGAUGAACAUACUGAGAAAAUUGUUGAGCACAGCACAAAAGAGCGAGGUAGAAGUGAAAAAAACAUUGCAUUUUGCAUCUUAAGAAGGGAGUAGGCCCCUGUGACAAAGAUUUUAAGAGUGCAUUUCUCGAGCAAAGCGUUUCGAACGUUCCUCUGCUGAAAUUACUCUCCUUUAAAAGCACCAUGUUCACACCAAGCAACUCCAAAAACUAUUUUCUACCAGCUUUCUUUCUCCAUCUGUGGUCAGAUUGUUUGGGCUCACCAAGGUCUGAGAGCUGACCCUGUCAAUAUGUGUCCUCCAGCUGCUGAGGCCCCACAGCGAGCUUGUAGUGCUACAAUCCACUCUGACAAAGACGCUUGUUGACUGAGAAAGCCUCGCUUGGCCACAGAUGACUGAGUGGAAUACCGCGGCAGCAGCCAACACGUCCCGUCUGCUGGAACCUGAGCUGUUCCUUUUCUCCGGGUCUGCAAAUGCAUUCAGUCAUUGAUUUGUUUUAUUGAUGUUUGUCUUGUGUUACAGUCUGAUAGAAAAAUUUGCUCACAAACGCUCCAAAAUAUUUUGUUGUACUUAUCAAGUUGGUUAUAGAACAUAAGUGAUUUUCUUUCUUUCCUCUGUCAUUGAAAAUCUUCUUUGUUGCAUGGAUAAAAAAUCUUCACAUGAUAAAUAUGUGUAACCAUAUUUAUAACAGAGUAGUGUAGGAGAUGAUAAAUAAGAGCAAAUGAGUUGCAUUUUUCUAUUUAUUGAGAGGUACCAGAUCACAGAUUUUUUAACAGUACUUUGAUGAAAAUUGUUUUCACUUUUUUCUAUUCUAUGGAAUCACACUGUAACUACAUUUUCCCUGGCUGCUAUUAUAACAAGAAAGAUGGUUGUUUUUUUUUUUUUUUAAAGUGAAUUUCUGUGUUGUAUUAAUAUUGGCUUAUGGCUGCUAUACUGUUGAUUUAACUUUUACUUAUACAGCUUAAACUGCCACAGAUUUACAGUAUAGUUCUAGAGAGCUGGAAACCAAAGUUAACUUGUAUUAAUCUUUAAUUUAAAAAAAUCCAUAAAAACAUAAAGUAGCUUAAAGGGACAUUUCACCCCAAAACAAAAAAAUAUAUAUAUAUUUUUACUUACCUGCGGUGCUGUUUAUCAGUCUAGAUUGUUUUUGUGUGAGCUGCCAAGUGUUGGAUAUAUCAGCCGUAGAAAUAUCUGCCUUCUCUCCAAUAUAAUGGAACCAGUUGGCAUUUGGCUUGCGGUCCUAAAAGCUAAAAAAAAAAAAAAAAAAAAAAAAAAAGAGACGCUCAUCAGCAACAUCCAGAAAUCAUAAACCAGUUUUUAAAGAAAUUCACAGACCUUGUUGUGAGCAGUUUCAUGCAGGAACUAUUUUCCUUCAACACACCCCAACCCAGCUGGUUCUCAUUCCAAACUCGUAAAGUAGAGCCACUUUGUCAGUGCUUUUGGCGUAAGAAUAGGACGUGAAGAGGCACCUUUUGCGUGCAAAUGAAUACAGCCGGAUGGUAUUUGAUGACGACACAGCCAGUCAGAACACAGCUAGAAAAAUCUGGUAGCGUUGUUAUUUUAUGCUGGCGGACAGCCGGACAACACCUGGCGCGUCCGCUUGAUACAUACAUGGGUGGCGCCACUUGAAAAUACAGCCAGACGGAACCGGUUGUGUGUGCAUUAAAUGCAGCAGGAGGGCAUCAGGUUGCAAAGCAGUCAGUAUCAUUGGAAUAUGAGGAGCAUGAGGGCACCUAUAGGGCGGAGAGGCGGACGGGAGGGGAGGUGGAAGGGUCGAACAAACUCAGACUUUGAUGCCUGAGUCUGGUGUUUGCAUCAUACCCAGAUGUGCAUUUGUUGCCAUCACAGUAGCAGCAUCCCAGAACGUAAAGAGCAGGUGCAGAAGGAUACCUAAAAUGUAACAUUUAGACACGGAAGUCCACUGACAAAGCUGUAAUGUAAGACGACUUGGGGUGAGAACAUGUUACCCAACCUUAACACGGCUCAGGAGGAAGCAUGCAACAUGCCCCCAGGAAAGCUGCUCAGCCUUGCUUCCAAUUUUUCCCAGUGGCCACUCAUGGUGCUCCAAAAAAACAAAAUCCCCGGAAGCCCCAAAUAUAUUUUCUUCAUACACCACCAUUAUAAUAGACCUCUGUAAAACUGUUGAUAUAACGCCGCCAACUAUAAACAAGAUCAAUUAUUACUCUUUCUAUUUUGAAUUCCCUCCUUGAGUGCCAAGCAGUUACAUUUUAUAUGAAAGAUGGCAGACAUCUCGAACACCAAUAUCUCCAACAACUGGCAUCUCACACAAAGACUAUCUAGACUGAUAAAAAGUGCUCCAGGUAAGCAGAAUAAUAUGUAUAUUGAUUUAGGUGUGGAUUGUCCUUUUGAGGUGAACACGUCGCUUCACCUCACUGAGUUUAUUCAGUGAGGUUUUAUGAUCUCUCUGUGGAGGGUUUGUCUCGUGUUACUGUACUAUAUCAGCUUAACUUUUGUCAGCUUUGUGCUCCGAUGAUAACUCAGUGCUUCUCUGUAAAAUGUUGACCUGCCAGACUUAAACCUUGUCUCAGUCGUCACUAUGAACCACCCCAUUUCUCAUUACAGCAGCUCACAGUGUGUGAUAUUCCCAGUGAUGUGUGUGUGUAAGAGAGCAGGUGAUUUAUGAGCAGGAGUAGGAACAGUUCAACAGCAAUAUACUGUAAUUUUUAUAUUCUCUGUGCAUAUAUGAAUGUAGGCGCCAUGGUUGCUGUACUGUUUUACGUCUAUAAUCACAAACCUGUAGCACUUAUAAAAAAAAAGAAAAGUGAAUUGUGUUUCUGUUGUUUACUGCUAUAUCCACGAUAAGCUAGCGGGAUCAUAUUGUUCCUAAUAAACCAGAUUUCUCAAGCAGCUGCAGUCCAGGUU